UUUAUAUAUGUAGUGGCUGAACUGAAACUCUGGACCUAAAUAAUAAGAUAACUAAAAUUGCAGAUUACAUUUGUAGGAUGCUGUUUUCGGUGUUUUCCUUUUUUUCUGAUCAAAUAUUCUCUAUCAAUAGCACAUGUUUUGACGUUGACAAUAAAGUAGACCAUACGAAAAUCGGUUGACAAAUGAGCAAAUUAUGAUUUGUUUUCAAUGUACGUGCAUUGCUUUGAAUGGGAACUUUGCCCCCUCCAAGAUGGCCGCCACGUAGGCACGUCACUUAGCCGGCUGCUACAGGACACGGGCGUAUCUACUCUUCAUAUCUAUGGUGACGAUGCCUCGUGUCAAACUUUCGGUUUUGUCCAGUUGUGGCGCAGAUUAUUCUCUCCGUGUCAAAACUCCUUCUGAAGAUCGUGAAUUGUGAAUUCAGCAGCAUGUAUAAGCGAGAGCACCGAGAGGACAAAACGUCUGCUGAUACUCCUCCAUGUGAGGAAGCAGAGGGCCAGAGUUCUGAACCUGGACCCAGCUGUGUGUCCUUGAAGAGCGACUCGUCAAAGGACUUUGGCAUUUACUUUAAAAGACGAAAACUUUUUGAUCCCGGCUCCCUGUCAGUGAAGAGCGACUCGUCAAAGGACUUUGGCAUUUACUUUAAAAGACCAGAACCUUCUGAUCCCACCUGCCUGUCAGUAAAGAGUGACUCGUCAAAGGACUUUGGCAUUUACUUUAAAGAAGGACGUGUGCCUGAAUUUAAAGAUGAACCUCCCUCUGAUCAAAGAGUCAGCCAGCAGAGCUCAGAGGUUCCCUUUGGUCGGUCUGACCAGCAGCACCACCUGGACCCCAUAUUUACGUGUCUGGAUGACUACAUUGUUGCUUUUGUGAGGAAUGAGCUGAAAAAUAUGCAGAAAGUUCUGAGUCCAGAUCACUCACAAUUCUUAGAGAGUCCGAGGGAGGAUGAGGAGGUGUUGGAGGGUGAAGAUGAAGAGCGAAGGAGGAGCAACAGGGAAGCGUUUCUGCAGAUCACACUGAACUUCCUGAGAUGGAUGAAGCAGGAGAAGCUGGCUGACUGUCUGCAGAUCAAAUCUCUGUUCACUUGCCAGCAUAGACUCAAGACUACCCUGAAGAACAAGUUCCAGAGAGUGUUUGAGGGCAUCGCUAAAGCAGGACAGUCAACCCUCCUGAAUGAGAUCUACACAGAGCUGUACGUCACAGAGGGGGGGACUGCAGAGGUCAAUGAUGAACAUGAGGUCAGACAGAUUGAAGCAGCAUCCAGGAAAGCAAAAAGAGCAGAAACAAGAAUCAGAGCAGAAGACAUCUUUAGAGGCUCACCUGGAAGAGAUGGACCAAUCAGAACAGUGAUGACAAAGGGAGUGGCUGGCAUCGGGAAAACAGUGUUAACACAGAAGGUGACUCUGGACUGGGCUGAAGACAAAAGCAACCAGGACAUCCACUUCAUGUUUCCAUUCACUUUCAGGGAGCUGAAUGUGCUGAAAGAGAGAAAGUUCAGUUUGGUGGAACUUGUUCAUCACUUCUUUAGUGAAAUCAAAGAAGCAGGAAUCUGCAGCUUUGAAGACUUCCAGGUUGUGUUGAUCUUUGACGGUCUGGAUGAGUGUCGCCUUCCUCUGGACUUCCACAACAAUGAGGUCCUGACUGAUGUCGCAGAGUCCACCUCAGUGGAUAUGCUUCUGACAAACCUGAUCAGGGGGAAUCUGCUUCCCUCUGCUCGCCUCUGGAUAACCACACGACCUGCAGCAGCCAAUCAGAUCCCUCCUGACUGUGUGGACAUGGUGACAGAGGUCAGAGGGUUCACUGACCCACAGAAGGAGGAGUACUUCAGGAAGAGAUUCAGAGAUGAGGAGCAGGCCAGCAGCAUCAUCUCCCACAUGAAGAAGUCACGAAGCCUCCACAUCAUGUGCCACAUCCCAGUGUUCUGCUGGAUCACUGCUACAGUUCUGGAGGAGCUGCUGAGAAGCAGAGAGGGAGGAGAUCUGCCCAGAACCCUGACUGAGAUGUUCAUCCACCACCUGGUGGUUCAGACCAAAGUCAAGAAGGUCAAGUAUGAUGGAGGAGCUGAGACAGAUCCACACUGGAGUCCAGACAGCAGGAGGAUGAUUGAGUCUCUGGGAAAACUGGCUUUUAAUCAACUGCAGAAAGGAAACCUGAUCUUCUAUGAGUCCGACCUGACAGAGUGUGGCAUCGAUCUGGAAGCAGCCUCGGUGUACUCAGGAGUGUUCACACAGAUCUUUAGAGAAGAGAGAGGGCUGUACCAGGACACGGUGUUCUGCUUCGUCCAUCUGAGUGUUCAGGAGUUUCUGGCUGCUCUUCAUGUCCAUCUGACCUUCAUCGACUCUGGAAUCAACCUGCUGGAAGAACAACAACAAACAACAGUUCAUCGGUCUGAACUGUCCCAGAGUAAAUCAGCACGUUUCUACCAGAGAGCUGUGGACGAGGCCUUACAGAGUCCAAACGGACACCUGGACUUGUUCCUGCGCUUCCUCCUGGGCCUGUCACUGCCAUCUAAUCAGAAUCUCCUACGAGGCCUGCUGACACAGACAGGAAGCGGCUCACAGACGAAUCAGGAAACAGUGGAGUACAUCAAGGAGAAGAUCAGUGAGGAUGUGUCUGUAGAGAGAAGCAUCAAUCUGUUCCACUGUCUGAAUGAACUGAAUGAUGUUUCUCUAGUGGAGGAGAUCCAACAGUCCCUGAGAUCAGGACGUCUGUCCACAGAUAAACUGUCUCCUGCUCAGUGGUCAGCUCUGGGCUUCAUCUUACUGUCAUCAGGAGAAGAUCUGGACGUGUUUGAUCUGAAGAAAUACUCUGCUUCAGAGGAGGGUCUUCUGAGGCUGCUGCCAGUGGUCAAAACUGCCAACAAAGCUCAACUGAGUGGCUGUAAGCUCACAGAAAGAAGCUGUGAAGCUCUGUCCUCAGUUCUCAGCUCACCGUCUUCCACUCUGACAGAGCUGGACCUGAGUAACAAUGACCUGAAGGAUUCAGGAGUGAAGAGUCUUUCUGCUGGACUGGAGAGUCCACACUGUAAACUGGAAGCUCUCAGCUUGUCAGGCUGCCUGAUCACAGAGGACGGCUGUGAUUCUCUGGCCUCAGCUCUGCACCAAAACCCCUCAAAUCUGAGAGAGCUGGACCUGAGGUACAACCAGUACUCAGGAGAAACUCCGUUGUCUGCUGCAUUGGAGGAUCCACACUGCAGACUGAGCACUCUGAGGGUGGAGCCUCGUGGUGACCAGUGGAUGACACCAGGUCUGCAGAAGUAUUCCUGUGAACUCACAGUCGACACAAACACAGUGAACUCCAGCCUCAAACUGUCCAACAACAACAGGACGGUGACAGAAGUGACAGAGAAUCAGUCGUAUCCUGAUCAUCCAGACAGGUUUGACCACUGGGCUCAGCUGCUGUGUGGUAAUGGUCUGACUGGUCGCUGUUACUGGGAGGUCGAGUGGAAAGGAAACGUUCAUGUUGCAGUGACUUACAGAGGACUGAAAAGGAAAGAACGCAGCACUGACUCCAUGUUGGGAGGGACUUGUGGUUCCUGGAGUCUGUACUGCAAUGAUAAAUACUACUCAGUGUGGCAUGAUAACAGAUGCGUGGUCGUCUCCUCCUCAUCCUCAGUCUCUCACAGAGUCGCGGUGUAUGUGGACUGUCCUGGAGGAACUCUGUCCUUCUACAGAGUCUCCUCUGGUUCUCUGAUCCACCUCCACACCUUCAACACCACGUUCACCGAGCCUCUGUAUCCUGGGUUCAGACUCAGGUCUGGUUCUUCAGUGUCUCUGUGAUCAAAAGGAGAUCCAAACCAGCACACGUGAAUAAUGCUCGACUUCAUGCUUGAUAAGCUGAACUUAAUGUAGAAUAGUUUUUUUCAGCUACAAAGUCUAAGUCCAACAUGGUUACAUUUUUUGUAAAUGCUUCAAAUCUUCUAGCUCGAACACAACAGUCCAGUCCAGGUAAAACAUUACACAGCAACUUCCAGAGGUUUCUCAUUCCCUUGGUGGAGAACAGAGAUACCUGCAGAGAUAAAUACCAAACUGAACAUCUGAGCCACAGACAAAUGCCAGUUCAGUUCUACACAAUGCAUUCAGUGUCGACUUCAUGUGAGACCUGAAUACACAAAAUACAUUUCGUAUAAAAGAGUUAACAACCCUCCAGAAUUCAGCUGCCAGGCUCAUAACCAGAACGGUGUGUGUGUGUGUUUGUAAAAUUAUUCUGGUUCAGAGCCUGACAGUCAACUUCCUCUAUAACAUAAAUUUUCUUAUAUUCACUAUCAGUAUUGUUACUAUAUUUACCAUCACAUUCAGUAUGUUUUAUCAUUUUACUGUUCUUUAUUAACUGAUUAUUCUUUUCACUAAUGCUAUAUAUACUUUAAACUGAUUGUGUUUUUAUGCGUUCCAAUAUCAUUUCAUAGAUUUUCUUCAUACAGAGUUUUUCAAAAAGAAUGAACCGAUGUCAUUAAGCAAUAUUUUAAUAAGGAAAAGCAAUGGAAAACUUCAGCCAAGUCACUGGAAUUGUACUUGCAAUCAACUUCUGUUUGAAGUUUAAGGUCACUGAAUGACACUGAAUAUCAACAGUGAUGACUCAGUGGAUGGUUAAAUGCUGAUAGGCGUCAUCACAUCGAUGUUGACCGUGCUGCAGGUGGUGGCCACAUUGAACACUUGUAUGACAGAAAAUAAAAGUUGAUUGUGAGUAGAAUACUUGUGACUUGGCUGGAGUUUUCUGUUGCUUUGCUUCAUUAAAAUACUACGUAGUGAAAUCUGUUCAUUUUUGAAUAACCCUGUAUUUUAAACGAAUAUUGUUUUAUUAGUCCGCCUUAACUGAAAUGACACUUUUUUUUUAAACUCAAUAUUCAGUUUUUAAAAUCUAGUUAUUAUAUCUCACAAUCAAUUCCCAGUUGAGUGAAAUUUUUUGCCAAGCUUCAGUUGUUUGAAUCCUUUUUAAAAAAAAAACAAAACUUGUGCUCUUAUUUUUAUGUAACCAAAUAAUUUUUGUGUAACCAAAAAUGUGUGUUGCAGUAAAAUUUCAUUUCUACCAAGAUGAGCUGUGAUUUUCUUAGUUUGUCCUGAUAUGCGAUUUUGUUGUGACCAGGGUCAAGCAUCAAAGUCUCACUCAGAAUGUGAGAAGUCCUUGGCUGGAGAGUCUGUGUUGUGUUUGAAAGAAAAGUAAAGCUGUCCUGUGUGAAGGACAGAUACUCUUAUACGUCUGUGUUGAAUGUUUUUGUCGGAGUCAGACUUCUGGUGUAGGAGCUCUGCCCUUUCAGCUCAGAUAUUCACUCUGUAUUUCUCUUCUUUAUUAUUCCAUGUUACUGCUUUUAUUCCUUAAUAAAUAACUAUGACAAA